AACCAGGAAGUAGAAUACAGUUGAAAUAAACAGGAUCACUUGGGAGAAAUGAAACAGCUCUUGGAUUUGAAGACAAGGAUGAACAGCGAUGUAGCACAGUAGUGGAUUUCAGUUUCAAAUAGACGGCAGACAGCAAAUGGACUAAUUAAUUACUGGAUGGCAUUGCCUGCUUAUCGUAUAACACAGAGAAGCACAUACUGGAUCAAAGGUCCUUGUGAGAGACAAUGAACUAUUGUUAGGCAGUCUACUCUGCUGAUCUUCAGUUGGUAUCUGCAGUCAGAGACAUCAGGAGCCAUGUCAGACUGGCUGCUCAUUGGAUUGUUCAGCGCACUGGUUGUGCUUCUGCUGCUGACACUCUUUGGCUUUGCUGUUUAUUCGGGGCUUUUCUCGGAAGUGGUGGUGAGUGCUGGCUUGCCUCCCAUCGGCAACAUCACUGUGGCAUACAAAUUCCAGGUGGGGCCUUAUGGCGAUUGUGGAAGGCUGUUUACGGAGAGCUGCAGCAUCUCUCCAAAGCUGUGCUCCAUUGCUGUCUACUAUGACAACCCUCACACGGUGGACCCAGAGAAAUGUCGCUAUCUUGUGGGUAGUAUCCUGAGUGAAGGAGAAGAGAAGCCAUCUGAGGAAGUGCUCCGCAUGUUUCACAAGUUUGGUUUCAAGAUUAUCAACUUUCCAGCUCCUAGUCAUGUCGUCAUGGCAACCUUCCCCUACACGACUCCUCUGUCGAUCCAUCUGGCAGUGAACCGUGUCCAUCCAUGCCUUGACACUUACAUCAAGGAGCGGAAACUAUGUGCCCAUCCCAGACUGGAGAUCUACAAAGGUGACCAAAUCUAUUUUGUAUGUCCCCUUGCCCGUCAAGGGGACUUCUACGUGCCUGAAAUGAAAGAGCUGGAGAAGAAAAGCAGAGCAGCAGCAGAGACUGAAGAUGCUCGGACAGAUAUCACAGGGGCCGAUACCUUGAGUGAGACCAGCUCUGUCAGCCUGGAGGCCACAACUGACAGCAGAGAGACUUCAGUGGCUACCUCCAUACUGUCCCCCUUUACGUCUGUCCGCGGCCGAGAUGAGGUAGACAAUCGCAGUGAGCACAGCUACAGCGAGUCAGGGGCCAGUGGGUCUUCCUUUGAGGAACUGGACUUGGAAGGCAAUGGUGGCGAUGGUGAUGGGAUGGCAGGCCUGACUUCUGACCUUGCUUCUGCUGAGGACCAGGACACCCCCAAGGCCAAGUGGACCAAGGAGUCUAUUGCCCUGGAGAAAGAAAGGGGCGAAGAAUAAAGCCAUCUCUAUUCCCAUCAUUCUUAGGGACUGAAAAGAGAAACUGAUCAUCUCUCUUGCUUCUUUUCUGUCCAGCCAAAAGACCUUUCCCACUCUUUGUCUGUAGACAAGUAUUUGGGGUGUGAAAAAGGAGUUGCAAUUAAAGGAAAGGAAUUGUAGCUGGGUGCCACCCUCCUGAAGCCAGACUCAAGGAUGUGUGCUGUAACAGGAAUCUGGGAGUGGGAUGGGAUGAUCUGAUGGUGGGAAGCUUAUGUGUUGAACAGUAGUGUGUGUGUGUGUGUGUGUGUGUGUGUGUGUGUGUGUGUGUGUGUGUGUGUGUGAGAGAGAGAGAGAGAGAGAGAGAGAGAGAGAGAGAGAGAGAGAGAGAGAGAGAGAGAGAGAGAGAGAGAGAGACUGACUCUACAGGGAGCACCCUACAUGGGCUGGUGGAUGUGUUUAUUUGCAGACAAUCUCCUUGCAUCUCUUCCUCAUCUCUCUGCAUUCUGUCCCUUUUACAACCUAAUAAUCUUUAUUAUCUGCAACUCUCACACUGACUGGCACCACAUUUAUUGACACCAAAGAGCAGGGGUUAUAUUUGAAACGGAAAAAUGCAGUGUAAACCCAUACCCUGAUGUCUGAGCUUUCUUAAUCGGUACAAUGUAUUAAGAAAUCAAUACAAUUAACAGUUUCCUUGUGAAAAAUGAAGGUUUAUGAGCAGGCUUACUCCUAUCCCAAUCUCUCACAUGUUGCUUCUGCUCCAUUUCCCACUCUUCAUCACUUAGCUGUACAGUCCACUUUCACUGUCUCUCUUUAAGAUUGUAAUUGUGGACUAAACCAUCUCACUCUUUUUGCAUCUGUUGGCAUCUGCCAUUGUAACCCUAUGAAUUGAAUCUGAGGUCUAGCCUCAGAUGGAAGAGUCUAUGUGAGAGAAACAGCCAUCACUAUUGGCAUUAAUGAUGCCCUCUUUCUGCUGUCUCCACAGAGUCUUUAGAGUAUAAUACUGCAGCAAAAGAGAGUAAUAGCACAACAGAUGUGGUGCAGAUGCAGUCAUGAUUUCCGCUGCUGGCCCUCAGUGACUUGAUGGAUGCAUUGGUAGUUGCGCACACAAGUGUGAGAUAUGUGUUGAGUUCUGUGACAUAGCAGAAGGUUAGCAGUGAUAUCUCACACACAGUGGUCACCAGAGUGGAUUUGACGCAGUGUUGUGUGCCAGUGCUGGAAGGUUCCUUAGCAUUGUGAUUUGGAGCUGGAGAUUCACCCAAUAGGCUUCAUCAGUUUAAAAAAAGUUUGUAUACUUUAGUUUCUUUUCACUAUUUCUGGUUAUUCUUCUGACAAAUUGUUUCUAUAGAAACAAGUUAUGUACUUUAUCCUUAUGCCGUAUAAAAAUUCCUGCAUAUUUUAUUCCAGCACACACUUUAGCAGGAGGCAAUGGAGACAAUAUUGCCUUACUGGCAAUAUGAGUUGAGUGCUGGGCUAGGUCAAACCUGACUCCAUCAAAAUCAUAUGUUGGGCCUCUGGACUAGAUUCCUUAUUGCCAUAAUUCUAGUAACAUUCCUGAACUAAAUAGAUUAUUAAGAAGCCUGUCAAACAGUUUGAAUCCUCAGGACUCCAUUAUUGUGGCUCGAGGGGGUGUCUCAUACAAUCUGUAUCUGUGUGUUGGGGAAUGAAGUACUGAAAACUUCUUAUCCUCCCCACUGCAUUCUUGCUCCUCUUGUGUUCAUCCUCCCUGUAGAGGUCUUGGAUCAAUGGCUCACUGUUUCUUAAUGGACUUGAAUCCAUACUGUGGAUGAAGAAGUUCGACAUUCAUCCAUCUUAGGACCUACCUUGUUUCUUUGCAUUGACUCAGCCUGGAGGGAAAUCAAUGGGAUGCCUUGUUAGAAAUUACCCCAUUGGGUUGUGUGGACCGCAAAGCUACUUGACCCCCUCCCCUAAGCAAUCGCCAUUGAUCCUUUACUUUCUUCUUCAUGUUCUUGUUGCUGUGGUUAUUAAGCUUUCUGUUUCUCUUCUGGUUCACUGUUCCUCCAUAGGUAAAUAUAUGCUCAUGCUCCUCAACCCUGAUUUACCAUGACAUCCAAAUCAGGAACUUUACUUUAAGUUGCAAUAUCCCAGAAAUCAAUAGAAUUGAUGGAAGUAAGCAAUAUAUGGGGCUCUGAUCCCCCACAUUGUACCUGGAUUCUGGAGGUGACAUCCCCAGCCCAGAUUCCCACAUGCUACUUGGCACUGUCAUCGGCCUGGCUGUUACCUCAUUAACUGUCAGUGUAUAUCUGAUGUAUUGUAUAGAAUUACUUGAACAACUGCUGUUCCAGCUGUUCCAGCUGCCCCAUGUUAGCACUUAGUGACUUUCCUUGUGCACAGUACAUAACAUUGCUGAGUAGAGUGUCCAGACUGCUAGCACAGAGCAUUCCCAAGGUUUCAUGUGCUUUUAGAACCUUACAGUGUGUAUGCCUGUUCCAGGAGCAUCUUCAUGAAUGCACAAAGGCAACCGGUAAGGGAAGCACUGGGAGGGCUGCAAGAGGUACCUUUAAAAAUCAUUACUGGCGAUACUGCCAGCACCUGGGUGUUGCACACCAUUGACUGUCGUGCGUGUGCAGAGGCCAGAAGAGUGCCAUAGGUGAGGCAGCCUCCGCACGAGAUGCCAAGGAGGGCACUGCUGCUUGUGGAGGCUGAGUGUUAACCAGGUGAUGACUGUUAAAGGUACCUCCUGCUGCCCAUCCUCAUGGGCCAGAACACUCGAAAUGUUCUGACUCGGAAUGGGGUCAUUCCAUACCGAGCUCAAAACAGGUCCUUGAUUUGAAGGGCGUUCUGUUUCGAGAUCGAAACACUUGCAACAGCCCAUUUCGAGUUGGAACAUUUCAAGCUCAAAACAUUCUGCACCUCCCUAGGAUGCCACUGUCCCUGGGACCAAUGAAUAGAGGGAUUCUCAUCCUGUGUAAGAGAGAAGUCCACCCACAAAUGUUUCCCUGACUGCCUCCGGCCUCCAGGCAGUUCAAAUGAUUGAACAUCACUGAAGCCUUCUGUUAUUAGGCAGCUGUCUGGUAAUCUGCUCUCAGAUGCUCUGCUUGUUCUGUGGCUGGCCUGGCAAUUCUCUCUGUUUCUCUUUCUUUUUGGCACUCGCUGUAACUGUGAAGGGUUUGGGUGAUGGGGUGAUGAAUGAAAUUGCCAUCCAUCUGUGGUGAUAAUACAUACAGAGCAUCUCCAGUACAACCACUAUUUCAUCUCUUCCAUUCCAACCACAACUGACACAGUUUGCAGUGACAGCAGCUACAAAUGCAUUGUAGCCUGCAACUGGAAUAGAAGGUAAUACUAAACAAUUAGCAUACAUGGGCAGAGCUAUGCAGACAGUGUGUGCAAGGCCUACUGGGAUAUUUUAGAGCUGUAGACAUGCAGCUUUCCUGAUACCUUUCCGUUGUAGACCUAAAUAUCCAUUGAUGUCGGCAUUUCACUUUCAUUGGUCUCACUCAGGUCUGAAAGAACUGUGGGGGCUGAUGAAAAACCUACUGAGGAUCAUAGGAGUAUCUCAUUAAUCUUAAUGAGGUUGAGUUGUUGGGUGAGAACAGUCUGAGUCCCGAAAUCCAGACAAUGAAUGUUUAAUGCAACAAUUUUUUUAGGAAACACAACAUGCAGCCCCUGAACUCAUUUUUCUUGGUUGUCUCCCUAAGCCUAAAAGAGUUGUAGUAGUGUAGGAUUUUAUUCCUUAUAACUAUUGUUCUGAGCUGCUGCUGCUUUUUUUGCCACUACUUUCUUUUAAACAUUCCUCCUUUCUCAAUCAGCAGUUGACAUUUUUUCAGCUGCAGCAGAAGUCCAGACAAAAUCAUCCUUGGCAAGAAGGGAAAUGGUGAGUGCUUCCCCCUAAUCCAGUGGUGGGAGUAGUUGAUGUGGGUCUAAAUAACCUAAAUGGGAACCAAAUCCAUUACGAUGAGUCUCGUGUUCCAGCCUCCUAUAAGAGGGGCAGAUCUCAACUGCCAUCUCCUGACCCUGCUCUGUCCUCAUCUUCAAGAUUAUAUACAAGCACUAUUUUGUAGGUACAUACAUGUCACAACAUGCAAGCAUCUAGAGUUGCAGAGCCAAACUUUAAAAGCCCUUUAAAAACUCAGUUUACAUGUGGUUAAUGCUCCUUUUCAUACACAUGCAAUUUUCAUUUUGUGAAAUCUAAAUCCUGGAAAUGAAAAUCUUUAGAAGAAGGAAGUAGAGAAGACUGACUCUUCCUGAUAAACAGAGACAAAUAGUUUUUAGUGGACUACUUGACAAACCUUUUGUCUCAGCAGAUUCUUAAAUCUGGUAACGUUUUCCAUGUUUCUGUAUUUGUUCAUUCGGAACAUAUAGCUGACUUGUGUACUGAACUUCUGAGUACUGAUGCUUGUUAGCUUGACUUGAACAUGUUCAGGGGCACUGUUAGGCACGGACCUGGGGACCCAGGUCUGUGUGUCUACUUUCCUAGAGGUCCCCAUGAUUUUCCCCAAGGGAAAAGAAGGUUCUUUUUAUAUUUCCAGAAUCGCUUGGCCUAUAGUUCUCAAAUUUGGCACAGAUGUAGGACAGGUUAUCAGGACUCUUGUCUAUUGAGUUUGAAGUGGAUUGGGCAAUGCACUGAUUUUUAAUGAUUUUUUUAUUUUAAAAAAAAUUCCAAAAAGAUUCCUAUAAGUGGCUUGUUUCAUGGCAUAAAAUUACAAAAACAUCUGGAGCUGAAGCUCCCCACCCCGGACUAUAAUUCCACCCCCAUGUUAAGGAAUCUGUUCUUUGCCUUCAUAAAAAAAGUGCAACAUGCCCCCUCUUUUGCCCAACCCUUUACAUUUCCAGAAUACCUGGGAAAUUCUGAAAUUGGGCACACAUGUAGUCCAAGAUGGCGAGACUCUGUGUGAGGCUGUUCGGACAUGCAGCCUAGCCCAGGCUAGGGCAGCCCAGCCUGUGCUAUGCUGUGCAUGUGAAGCACUGGGAUCAAGCCCAAUCUUGGCGAUCCCCUCACACCUAGCCCCGCUUUUUAACCCAGCGUUUAGGCAAAGUAAAAUGAAACUGCGGUUCACAACCUCAGCAGGCAAUCAUCUGGGCGAUCACUGCCAGGUGAAGAGUCUUCCCCCAAGCCCACCGCCAUUUCCAGCAGUGAGCUUGGGGGAAGAAGCAGCUGUGCUCAUAGCACAGGGCACCCUGGGAUGCGGUGGAGGGAGGAGUCCUCCCACUCUCAGCUCCUGCUGUCGCCAUGCCACUGCUCGUGUGGGUACGUGGCAUGGUGGAGGUGAGGGCGGCCACUGCUUGUCUGCCGAGGAAGGAAGGCAAGCUCUGCCUUCCCACAGGGUGCCCAGCAGCAGUCACGAGGUCAUGUGAAAGACCUCUGCAUAUUUUUAUUUCAAAGAAAUUGGUCAGUUCUGUGAUUUUUAAUGAUUUUUUUUCCACUGCAGCAAAGCUGCCAGAAAGAGCUAUCCAUGGAACCAACUGUUCCAACUGGAACCAACUGUUACAUCUGAAUAAACAUUAAAACACAAAACAAAGGCACUGUGCUCAAGUUGGUUUGUGAUCCAAAGGGUCUGCAUAAGAACUGAAGCAAGGGGCAUGUGUUGUGGUUUGAAUAUUUUCCCUUUAUGACUGCACUAUUUGUCCAAGUUGGUUUUGUUUUUGAAAAGUUGAGCAAGGGACAUAUUUUGUGUCCUAGUUUGUGAAUGGUCAAGAAGCUAUGUGAAUCCAUUGGGGCUUGCAUAGUCUUUUGAGGGUGGGGGGCAAAUUCACUCUUGCGCAGACUUGUGGGUUUGUGGUGAACUGUAUAUAUAUAGAGAGAGGAUGCUUAUUUUGCAGGGGGGGGGCACGCAGUUUGGGAAUUGUAGAUUCCAGUGUACUCAAUGUUCUUUGGACAAUUCUGUAAAACAUCUACAUUUGGGUUUUGUGCAGAAGUAGAGUUUAUGGCCAUGAAUUCCAUCAUUUCCAUACAUGAAUGGUUGCUUGUAGAAUGAAUGAGAAUUUUGUGUGUGUGUGUGUGUGUGUGUGUGUGUGUGUGUGUGUGUGUGUGUGUAGAGGAAGAGGUGCAGUGUUUGGGUUUGAAGCUCCCCAAUUUUCACUGAAUGAACAGUCUGCAUUGAAAAGUGAAAAGAAAUGAAAACUUAGUGCUUGUUAGUUGUUAAGAUACUGGCAAAGCUGUUAGAGAAGUUUGCUUUUUAGUUUGGUCCUGAAGUGUUCUGUUAUGUAUUUAAUCACUAUUUUGAUAUAAAUGUAUAAGACUUACAAUGAUCUAUGUACCAGACUGGUUUAGACUUAGGUGUUGGGACUGGGGGGAAAAAAAUCCUUGUUAAAAUUAAAAAUGGCAAUGAAAAAGCAAUGUCCGCUACACUCUGUAAACACCCCAAGCCAGCAAAACAGUAACAGCCUGAUGUAACAGUCUGAUACUAAAAAGUGGAGCAUAUCUCAUGACUAACACCUGUCCUGUAUCACUUCGCAAGUACUGAAGCCUGUAUGCUUCUUUCACAGCAGCAGUUUGAAAAUGUAUGCCAAUAUUUGAUAUCAUAGGUUAGUUUUGGGGGUAUGACUUUCUGAUAUUUCAAGAUUUAUAAAAUUGAAUGUUUUUAUUCUCCUGCACAUAA